CCCAUUGCAUCUUGGCCAUUUACCACGACCAUCCCUGCUCUCUGCUCCCCAGAUACACUUCAUCAUACAUCACUCCACGAUGCUUCUGCUCCCUACUUUCAUCCAUGGCCUUGGCCUUCUUCUCGCGAUCACCGCGUCCUUCAAGUUUAAUGUCGUAGCUCCUGGGGAUCUCGUCCACUGGCUGCUCGCCCCCGCACCACUUUACUCGGAUCCGAAACUGUUUGAGGAUCAUGUGCAUCCGAUGCGCAGACUCGAUAUCUUGGAUUACUAUUGGCAAGAGGACGACGCGCAACUGCGUAGAGUGCUUCCCUUCAUGGACAAGAUUGCUGUGCUGUUCAAGGAGAUCGGGUACACGAACUACACUUGGGACUCGGACGUGGUCGCUGGGGCAUACACAUUCUCAUUUGAGCGACCUCGCCGAGUGUACGAGAACGACACGGACGACGACGACAAGGAUGGAAAGAAGGUGACCCCCGUUCAACACGCUGCGCCCGGGUGCACUUGUCUGGGCGAUUCUGUGAUCUCGCCCAGUGUGGAUCAACCCCAGACUCCUUCUCCCAUCACUGCAAGCUCAUCCACAGUUGUGGUCGUGCCUCGCCCGGCGCCUAACACAGCCACCCGCACCCUGGACGUCGAUUUGAUCAUCUCGCCCAGUGUGAAUCUUCUGGAUGGGCUUGUCUCCACUGCAACUGCCGUCAGUGCGUCUUCUCCCCACGCUGCAACUCAGAUGUCUGGGACCGCGUCCGUUACUCAAUCUGCGCCCUCAUCUCAACACACAUCUGAGCUCAAUCUUCUGGCUUCUUUGCUUCUUAUUGCUUGCUUCACCGUCUUCUGUAUCAUGUACCGACUGCGAAUGCUUGACUUCACUUGCUUGGCUGAGACAGACACUGCACCCACCACCACCCCUGUCCUCUCGUGCUCUCCUAGCUUGCAAGUCCAGGUGGCUGCGACGACGGCGGACGACGAUAAGACUCAAUGCAUGCUGGUUCUGGUCGGGCUCGCCUACCUUGCUCAAGUCGCGUCAAAAUCAACUACGUAUACUGUGACCGACGAGCGCACUGUUCCUCUCAGCAAGGCUGACUUCUUGAACGCACCCACGCACGAGAUCAACAAUGAGGCUCACUCGUCUUCUUCGUUGACAGUGGUUGCGAAUGUACCCAGCGCUGCGGAUGUUGACGACCGCCGACCAAGUUUGUUGUUCCCAGAGAACGUGGGUCCAUGCUUCAUGGAGUUCGAUGAUCGAGAGUUUCUGGCCUCUUCAUCCAUGCCUCGCAUCGUCGAGCUCACGAGUAACGAUUCAGACCUGAGUGCAAGCUCAGACGAGGUCGAUGGCAUCGAGUUGCCCCCCUCAGAGUCCUGUAAGCAUUCAGCUCCCAACGACGAGAUUGAGAUUGCCUCUCUGGAGUCCCAGCAAGCUGCCAUUGAGCCUGCUAUAGCUGCACCGUUUGGAGUCCCCCAGCCCACUACUUUGCAAACCAUUCUUCCCAGUCAAAAAGCAAACCACUCUUCGCCUACGACAAGGGCCCCUCGAAGCUCCGUCAAGUCACGACUGCCAGUGCCGAUCUCGAAGCAGGGGAAGGCCCCGAUGUCCCGUCGUGCGCAUGAGCCGCAAGUCGUGCGGGAGACUGCUGCCGGUCGAGAUCCUGCGCCAGCAAGCGUAUCACGCUUCCGCUUCGCGCCAUCUCAGUACCAGCCGACGGUCAUAUAUGCAACAUCUCGCCUUCCCAGCAUCCAAACUCCUCGUUCGUACGCAUACAUCCAGGGACCGGUGCAAUCACCCAAUCAAUCACUCGCUUCCUUACGGCCCAUCCACCACAUAAACCACCCCCGGGCCGGGGCCUGGCAGGGUUGAGCGCACCACUCGCCACGACGAUAGUAAUGACGACGACAAUCUGGCCAAUGCUUUGAACCGGAAGAAUCGCAUCUUGCUGCUCUGAUAACCCAGCCAAUAAACGCGACCGAUCUUGAGUAACGUGCUCAGACGUCGUUGGCCGUGCUAAGAAGUGGGGACGCCCCUUCGCAGCACGGCGGCAAUCUGGCCGUAGCGGGGCUGACGGGCCUUUGCUGCGGUGCAGAGGGUUAGGUGAUGAGCGCGGCUGUGUGUUCCAUGGUGCGAGCGUGGGAGGGGAGUCUUCGUCUGUCUGUCGUCCGCACGGAAAUCAACCACUACUACUGUCUCGUCUCGGUCUCGGUCUCUCUGUGAUCUCUCUGGAUUUGGAUCUGCUUCAUCUUGGAUUUGCACGACUCUCUCCCCCUCUCAUAGAUUCGCUCUGUAGAUCGGAGUUGUGCUUCAUAUAUUGCUUCAUAUAGAAUGGAUUUUCGUCUGUCUGGUUCUGGAAGUAGCUGCAGGACAUAGCCCUGUAGUAUGCUGACCUCGCGCCACGCAAGUGUUGAGAUCCGCUGGUGACAUGAGCAAAUGGACUAGAUCGCCCGGCAUGACCGAAAGAUGGAGAGAUGCAAUCGGCUGCAUCCAACGAUCAUCCCCUACAGGUGGACACCGGGUCCGAAAAAUCUUGUCCAAGCGCAUGCUGAGCACUCGAGAAUGAUUCAGAUACUGACAAGCAGUUGCGAUCGAGCAACACGCACCUCUCACGAGCACAUCGUGCUAUGAGAUUUCCAUUUUGUCGUCCUGGUCACCUUCGUCCUCCUCUGAGUCUUCAUCUACGCUGCCAGGCCGCAGCGCAGUCUUGAUUCCGUUCAAGACGCUCUUCGCUGCUACCAGCGCCAGACUUCUGGCCUGUGCCAGCUCGUCCUCGUCGAACAGCCCCUCCGGCGACACCGAGCGCCAAUUCGACCAAACGCAGCGCGGCGCGUCCGGCUCGCCUCCGAACGCAAACGCGAAGCACCCGCUGGCGUGAAGCGGACCCUCAUCCUCGCUGGGGUCAACGACGAGCGCUGCGCGGGUCUUUCCCACGGCCACUGCACACACGACGGCUUUCAUCGGCACGGACCCGGCGUUGAGCAGGGCGACGGUGCUGGCGUUGAUCAUCGCCGCGACGAGCGCGUCGGGGGUGUUCUUCGCGGGACUGCGCACGGGGCUGAGCGCCUGGACGACGAGCUGGAUGAGCGUGCGGGGGUGCUGCGAGAGGAUGAGCGACGGGAGGAGCGCGGCACGGAUGGCGGCGGCGAGGGAUUUGCUUUGCGUGUUCGGCACGUUGGAGAGCGGGCGGAGGAGCACUUCGAACGUCGCUAGGGACGGGUUCUCAGCUGCGAGCCGGACUUCGACGGGCCCCGAGAUCGAGGCGAGCGCGACGGUGGAUUUGCCUUGCAAACGUAUGGGUUAUUUUUCAUCGCGGAGGAAAGAGUGGGGACGAGUGAGGUACCGAAGCUGAAUCUGGCAGAGCCGUCUACUCGUGCGAGUCGAUCCAGAGAUAUUUUCAUGCUUCGAAGGGCUGCUGGAUCUCCGCUAGGACCGCGACGCGAUGUGUCCUCCAUGAGGAAAAGACGGCACGAUCAAUAGUGCACCGCCACCAUCGCUGAAUUCCCUGGUUAGCCUGGCGACCGUCCCUCGCGACCACUCCUCCCGAGCCUCCGAAGCCGGCCCGCUGUGAAGACCGCCAUGAUGCGUUCGAGAGUGGAGUCAGAAACGCAUGUUCGAGAUGUGCAAUUGAUCUCCAGGUUGAUUCGCAAGUGUGAGUCCCGGAUCCAGACGUGCCCGGGCACGCUGCGGCUGCCGUAUCGCGCCGGGCGGUCAUUGCGAACUCCCAGCACCUAAAGCCGCACGAACGUACUUGGAAAUGCGACCCUGCUUUGCACAGAGGAGCCUCAAAAUUCAAUCAAUGCGCUAUAUGAACCGCGAGCCGUCAUGGCAACCUGAUAUCUUCUCGCGUGGCCAUACUUGGACGGGAAAACAAAAAUCCAAAAGGCUCCGAGCGUACUUAAGGCGGCUUGUCUCGAGAACAGAGCCGCAACUUCCUCUCUCUUCCGCUCCUUUGUUUUGCUAGGCAAGACGGGUCUUGUCGUGUGUUUUUCUCUGCCGGUCUUCAGUCUUUCCACCUACACUCUUUUUUCGCUGCUGUGCAUCACUCUCUGACACCAUGUUUUGGUACAAGAACCUUGUCAUCGCCACUAUCGCCUCUUCCGCGUUGGCCAGCCCCAUCCGUCGCAAUGUGUUCCUGCAAGAGCGAGAUAUCACCACCACCUUCUGUGCUACAACAACAGUUCCUGUCAUGACUGUCACGUCCACCGUCACCUCGACCUCGACAUCGACACACGUUGUCACCGCCACGGUCUCCUCCGCGGACGCUGCCGCGACCACUGCUGUCGACGUUGUGAGCACCACCGAGCCCUGUGUCGGUACUGUCACAGUGACGGCCACCGCUGCCGCUACGGACUCCGCUGCUGCGGCUGCUACGGACUCUGCCGCUGCUUCUGCGACCGACUCUGCUGCUGCUGCUGCCACCACCGCUGCCGCUGCCAACAACGCCGCCGCCGCGACGUCGACUGAUCCCUGCCCUCCUGAUGUCACCGUCACGGUCACCGGCGCUGCCGCUGCUGCCUCGGCUACCGAUGCUUCGUCGGCGUCGGCUACUGAUGCUGCGUCUGCGUCGGCUACUGAUGCUGCUUCGGCGUCAGCCACUGACGCGUCCGCCGCGUCAACGGCUGCUGCUGCUGCAUCCACUGGUGCCUCCGCUGCCAUUGGCAACUUCGGCUCUUGCUCUGUUCCCCAGAUCAAGUUCGCCACCGGACUCGAUGGCCGCAGAGAGACCGCUUUCGCGCCGGUCGACCAGAAGUCGUACAACCACGGAUCUGCGGACAACAUCGGCGUCGUGACAUCGUUCAUCUGUCUCGCUUUGACUAACAGCUGUGGUGCUGACGCCACGGCCAAGGCCACCUGCGCCAAGGCCCAGGCCCUCGCCGCCGCUCAGACUCCCUUGGUCGGUAUUGGUGCGGAUGCUUUCAACUCUGUCUUCGGCAUCACCACCAACUUCAACAACGUCUCUGCCGUGAGCAACACCGGCACCCCCGUCGCCGGUACUACCGGGCUCAGCCUCGCAGCAUGAGCGGUGAAGCCAAGAUACAAAAUGGUCCGACAUGUAGCACUAUCACGAACACCCUGGGGUGUUCCUUUUCCUUUUGCCCCCUUUUUUCACGGUUCGACUGAAGAGCCUAGACCGGUAUACUGUAGCUACACACACACAUUGUCACCACCACCCUGAUACCUAGCAAUUCAUCUCGUCGGAUACCCAAUCUUUC